AUGUCAUCUCACUCAGAUUCCAAGUCUCUGUCAGCCGAGGAGAUCUUUAACUCCAUGACGCUAGAUGAUUCAAACCAGAAUAAAGCAAACCAGCAAGCCCCUCGUCGACCGGCGAACGGCCCGCCCCCGCGACGUGACGGAAAUGCACCACCACCUCAAGAUGGCAAACAUCGCCCUACGCGUUCUCAAGAAGAAGCCCUUCGUGCUCGCAGGAUGCAAGGUCCCGGACCUCGACCCCAACAGAGCUCACCGCAAAGAAAGGGCCCACCAAGACGCCCCCGACGGAACUCUGAAUCCUCUCUGGUCGACUUUGAUGCGCGCCCUAUCACAGAUGAGGAGAAGCGAAUGAUUGAAGCGGCCAGGCGACGUAAAUACGAACAGCAGCGUCGUGGAGACGGUAAGGAACGGAGCGAUAGGAGCGACCGUGACCGCGACCGUGAUCGUGAACGACGUGAGCGGGGUGACAAGGAGAGGUCCAGCCGUCCCAGUCGCAGGAUGGACAUCAUUGACCAGCUUGACGCCACAAGUAUUUAUGGGACUGGAGUUUUCCAUCAUGACGGCCCCUUUGACGCGCUGAACCCUCAUCGAAACCGCCAAAACGCAAGACGUGCGCCAAUGCAAGCCUUCCCCAAGGACUCCCUUAACAACUCACUUGGCGGUGCGGGACCUCUCAAUGCCCGGGCUGAUCAUUCGGUUCUCAUGGGUAAUGCCACAGAAGAAGCUUUCAGAGAUUUCGCCGCCCCUACCAAACCCAAGAAAGAGCCGGCCAUUUUUGAUGCUUCGGGCCGCGACAAGAUCGUUCACGGUGACGAGUCGGUUGGUCUAGGCACCUCCACAUUCUUAGAGGGCACACCUGCCGCAAGAAGUGCUAUCCAGCGCCACCAGGCCGAGCAAGCCCAAGAAACGGCUGAGGGCGGUCUGCAGCGAAAGAAAUCGCUGGCACAGCGCAUCCGUCACAUCAACAAGGGUCCUCGAGACUACAACCAGCCAGGUCGUGAGUACUCUAGGAUUACACCCGACGCAUACCCGACAGCCGCCAGUACUGGCUCUGACAACAACCCCUUCUUUGUCGAGUUUGGUAAAGGUGAGGAAAGCAUCAAUGUUAGACAACGUGACGGAUCUAUGUCAGCCAACAGCCCUCCAGGAGCGAGGCGCCCCUCCGCCGGUGCAGUCCUGGAGAGACGAGUAACGACUGAUGCCACCACCACACUGGACGAAGCCCCAGCCAAACCAACAGGGCUCAUGGGACGAAUGAAGAGUCUGAAGGGCCGCAAGACCCGGCCAGAGAUCCCUAGCAACGGUCCUGGUGUACCCGGAACGGCCGUUUAG